AUGGGCAAAACACGUAAAACAUCUAAACAAAAAAGUGAUGCUAAGCUAGCGAAUCACGAAAACAUGAAGUUCAUGGAAGAGCUGAUCGAAAUGCCGGCGGCACCGACACCAAGGAAAAAAGCUCGGGGCAGUAACAUCCCUCCCGCCGCGAUCAACAAUCCACCGGAGGGCGAACCUUAUGUUCCGGAGGAAGAUAUCACUCGCGCCGUCCUCAUCUCCGAGAAGCCUUGUCCUCAUGAUGAACUGGCAGCUCCUGAGGACCUAACAGUGAACAGUGAUAAGCUUCCUACAGUCCAUGUCGUUUCGGAUACUCCAGAGGAUCUACGUCAGCCUGGCGCUCUUGCAGGUCAGCCAACUUAUGCUGGACGCGACGUGUCGGUGAUCAAAGUUGUUCUGGAUUCGGCAGAUGCGGAUGACGCGGCAGAUGCUGCCGAUCGCGAUACUGCUCAGCUGCUCGAAAACCGUGUGGAGGCACUGCAAUGCGAAAUCGAUACUCUUCGACAAGAAAAUGACAGACUUCGGUCCCUGAACAUGCGACUCCAGGAAGCGCUCAUCGAAAGGCCCAACAGCACUACAUUUUCGGAGAUUCCUGGUUUCCCCGAUGCGAAAUGGCUCCUCAGCGUUUCACAGAACUCCCAGGACAGCGAUUAUCUGUUCAUCAAGGAACUGAUGAUUCGCCUGUUCCCAUUUGGAGUAGGAAACGCAACGGUCACUGGCCACGGAUCCAACAACCCGUUGGGGCGUGGAGUGAAGGGUGCACUUGAGUCGGGCACUCCUGGAAAUGUGGAGAAGUUGGACUUGAUGAAAGUCGCUUACAUAAGAGAUCGGCUCUACGAAAGGAGGAUGGUACUCCAGGACGAACUAGGAGUGGCCAUUCAGCGUUCGAGAAAGACAACAAGGCUGAUUGCAGCGGUCAUCAACAACAAUCCUUCCCUGCGGAACUUGCGUCAAGAAUGAUUUCAACAUGUUUUCAUUUAUCUAUGGGACACCACUUAAGGGUGAAAAUGCACAGCACGUUUUUUUUUUUUCAUUUUCCAAACAUUGUAUUUUAUACUGUAUGACGUAUGAACUUUGUUACGUUUUGUUUUAUUUAACAUGUUUUCGAUUUUAA